AACGUUUUAAAUGUGCUUGCUGUUUGUCAACACGUAUUGAUCGAAUUUUUAUCAAAUAAAUUUCGAUUGAAUUAAUUCUAUAAAUCUGUUUAUUUGUCACGAUAGGGAAACAUUUCGGGAUAACUAAACAAUACAAUAAUGUGUUCAACUGCUAACAUUAUGCGCGACAUGUAACAGAAACGCUAAUAACGCGCAGAAAUGGAGGAAAUAAUCGCUCACAGAGUGACGCCGAUAAUAAAAUGUAUGGUGUUAUUCCUGCUCAUAUUUACCGCGAAAGUGCUGACAUCGCGGCCGCAUGAGGGCCAGGACGAGGCCCGCAACAGCAUCCACCAUCCCGGCAACAAACCUGCCCACUAUGUCAGGACAUUCACUAAAUACCACCACAGACGAACUAUCCAGUACGGGCAAGAAACAGACUGGCCACUUACACAGGACCAUCCGAAAGUGAUACAGAAAAGAAGUGUGGACAUUCCAAAUUCAAGUGACUUCCUCGGCAAUGCUGGCAUUCCAAUUAUGAAUCAGUUUGCCCCGGAUGUGGGCAAAGAUAAUAUCAUAGGACCCAUAGACAAGAAUCCGGUGAUUAGUAAAGAAAGUGUGGGUAGUAAAAAUGGGUUAGGUGGUGAGCCAAAAAAGUUUAAGAUGAAGGCUGCAGCGGUUAUGAAGGAGCCCACUACGACUGUUGGACCGAGCAUCACAUGCUUGUAUAAGAUACACAGUGUAGCAUUGAGUAUAACACCAUCUUAUGAUGAGGAUAGCAAUGCUCAGCAAGUUGUGGAGAAUGAUCAUUUUGACUCCCCCGGAGUGAUAUCCACAGUGAGGCUGCGGUCCGGAGUGGAGGCUGCGGUGGAGCGGUGCAUGCACCCGGUCACCUCGUGCUACACGCUGUGGCACCGCGGCGCGGAUGGCAACAUGACUGUACUGGGACAAGGGUGCUGGAAGGCGUCCCAAGCGCGCCGCUGUGACAAGUGUACGCGCGUGGCGCCCAUGCUGCCCGGCACCUUCUGUUGCUGCAACCACGACUACUGCAAUGCUGACUUCUCAACAUACAAAGAAGAGCCUGCCCAGUCCUACUCCCCCCCAAACAGCGUGGUCUCAGCCUCGCAGCCGCCGCUCGGCUACGCUGCGCUGGCGGCGGCGUUGGCGGCGGCCGCGGCGCUGGCGCUGGCGCUCGCGGCGUACUGCCGGCGUUGCGGGAAGCGGGGGAAGCAAGCGCAGGAUCUCGAGGAGAAGGGAGAGGUGAUGGGCACUGGUCCCGACGCGCUGGCCACCGGGCUGUCCUGUGUCGACAACUUGACCCUCAUUGAACACAUCGGUCAAGGUAAAUUCGGCACAGUUUGGCGCGGCAGCCUCGGCUCUACUCCGGUCGCUGUCAAACUGUACGCUAACAUGAGCACGUGGCAGAAAGAGAGGGCGAUAUACUCGAUGCCGCAUCUCGCUCACCCGAAUAUAUUGAAAUAUUAUGGCAGCGACUCCCGUCCCACCCUGCUCGGCUCGGCGGCGUCCCACCUGCUAGUCCUACAACUGUGUCGCUCCACGCUGCGGUCAAGGCUUCGUGAGGCGCCGCUGUCGCUGCGACAGUUCGCGCAUUAUGCGCGCGGACUGGCGGCAGCGCUGGCUGCGUUGCAUGCUAGCACGCCAACAAAACCCUGCAUCGUUCACCGGGACGUGAACAGCAACAACGUGUUGAUAUCGCUGUGCGGCCGCGCCAUCUUGGCAGACCUCGGCCUCGCCGCGCCCGUGACCAGCCAGCAGAACAACCAGCUCACUGAGGCCGGCACACUCCGCUACCUGUCUCCCGAAGCCCUAGAAGGUGCUCUGGACCUGAGUGGAGCGCCCGCCGCUCUGUGUGCUGUGGACGUGUAUGCAUUGGGGCUGACCCUAUGGGAGAUGCUGUGGCGCACGGUGGGGGCACACGCGGGCCCCGUGCCCCCGCACCAGCUGCCGUACCAGCAGCACCACGUCACCACGCUCAAGCAGAUGCAGAACCUGGUAUGCCGUAAGAAGGCACGGCCGCCGCUCCCGCGGCCCCCGCCCGAGUCGCGCGCCGUGCGCGUCGCCGCCGACACCUGCCGCGAGUGCUGGGACCACGACGCCGAGGCCAGACUAACAGCAGUGUGCGUGGAAGAACGCAUGUCCGAGCUAACUCAGAUGCUGCAAGCUCAGGGGCCGCGCAUCCACGACAACAACCUGCACCCGCACACCGACGCAAACCCACCACCGCCGGAAACGGAAAAGAACUCCAACCUGACCGUAUCACAGAACUGUGACGUCACCACCCCGCUCCUAUACACACAACCACACAUCGGUCGCAACCCGUGUCUAGAACGUAACACUGAUACGCACACACAGACAACCACCGUCGAACUUAUACACAAGAGUCUGAAGGACAUUACGGUCCCGAAUGUUGAGGGGCCGAGAGUGCAAAACGUGCAGAAUAUAGAUGAGAAUUGCUUGUCUGUGGCCAGGGUUUCUAACCAUAGAGUUUUGGUGAAUGAAAACUCUGACCGAAUGAACGAAAUAAGGUCGUAUCAGAGACCGUUGGAUUAUGUACCGAAUGAUGUGAGCGUUCAUGAUGAGAAUAGGGCUUUGAAAGAGACGAAUAUACAUGCUGAUGUCAAAAUCGAAAAGCCGAAAUGGGGUAUACGAAGGUUUUUGGAGAAAACACUCAGUAGAAACCCGAAACCUUUGGAAACUGAAGUUAAGUUGGUGCAAGAGAAUUUGAGCAACGGGUCGUUGGAUUCGGGACGUAUUAGGACGUCUAUUGUCAGUGACAAACAAACGAACUUGCCAUUUAACAGACCGUCUAAUAUAGUUCUUAAUAUGGACGGAAGGAAUUUCUAUAAUAUGGAAGCGCCAUGUUUGUCACCUCCUAAUAGGACGCUAUCGCCUACAAUGAUCAUGGAAAGCGAAAUGAAUAGGGAGAAUAAAGUAUUCGGCUUCAAAGAAAUGCCACAAAGAACAGGAGACAAUGCUGACAGACCUCCGAAUCAACAGUUGUUCGCAGUUAUAGUGCCUAAAGGGCAACCUGGUGACUACAAAAGGACUGGCAAUUUGAUGGAAAUGAAGAAAACUGGUGGCAGCUCAGAGAGUUUGAACAAAACGUCAGUCAGGACGUCCAUGUCUGCUCAAAGCAUUUUUGCGACGGCCGGCCAAUCAGAGUCCGAGGAUUCUACCAUAAAGAAACGACUAAGUUGCGAUAAUAAAAUCAUUUCCAACGCAUCAAACAGCGGACGGUCUUCUAGAGCCAGCAUAAACUUAGAGCUACAGUUUCUGGACAACCAAAACGAACACUUUGAUAGUCCAUUCGAUCUUAACUCUGAUUGCUCGAGCAGCGAAGACGAGCAUUUGAUGCUGUUAAGCGAAAAUGGCGGCUCUAAAAUAACAAUGCAAGCCGUCCCGAAACCACAAGAUACAGACAAGAAAAAGAAUAACGUGGUUCUAAAAGAAGCGACGCAAACGAAAACGGAUUUCGUUUUCAACAAGUUCCAGAAUAAAUACACUAACUUUGACAACGAAUUCAGCGAUCCGAAUGACAAAGAAAACUUAGCUACCACCUACAGUGGCGACAACCCUGUGUACUUAGCAGCUUUGAACGGCGAAAUAGACACAAAAGAACUAAAAUACUUAGCCACGCCAUCAAAAUCCGAACCUGAAGAGCGUAAGUCCCCGAAACCGUGUCUGAAAAACCUGGCUAUAAAACGGCAGCAUUCUUUGGAGCAUGUGAGUGAAUUGUUCAGUAGUUCUGGGGAUAUACAUUUGCAGAAUCCGGCUGGGAGGGUCAAGACCCCUGGGGAUAUACCAGUUGCUGUUAGAAAGGCUAGAAGGGAUAGGGCUUUGCAGAAAGGCAGGGCCAGUGAGAGCAAUCGGUUGAGCUUGUAUGAUGAUAGGAUGAUGUUUGGUAAUAGUUUGUAAGUUGGUGUUGGGUUAUGCUGGGUCGGUCGUGGGUUUUUAAGAAAAUUACAGACUUAAUUACUUUAUAAAAUUAAAGAAUACAAGUGUAACGUAACAUAUGAUGAGUUGGAAA